UUUCCUAUUGUCUAUACUCUAAACUGUAUUUCAGAAUUCAGGCCUCUGGCACCUGCCCCUACUCCCUAGUCGUCUAUACUUAUUAGUUUAUUACUUAUUGGCUUGCAUAAAAUUUAAAUCUAUUAGAUGUGAUAAUUUGAAAAUUGUUUAUAGCAGUCUUUCAGAAUUAUGUUCAGGUAACCUUGUAACCUUACGUAAGGUAUAUUCAAAAUGGGAAAUAAAGUAUCGGCAGAAGCGGUCAACAUACCACCACCACCCCCCGUUCAAAAUGGAAAUCCACCACCUGAAUGCCCUAUGCAUAAUAAGGCGGAAAAACCCAAAAGCGCAGAUGCACGGCCAUCAGAAUGUCCUGUUCAACACGAUAACAGCAUUAAUCCAUAUAACAUGAUGCCGCCAGCAAACCAACAGCCUGCUCCUGAUCAACCUUUUCAACUUCCAACUCAAAGACAAGUUUCUACUAUUCCUCGCGCUAUGCCUGAUGGUUCAACAGAAUUUUGGGUAUAUCCCAGUCAACAGAUGUUUUGGAAUGCAAUGUUACGAAAAGGUUGGCGCUGGAAAGAUGAAGACAUAAAACCAAAAGACAUGGAUGACAUAAUUAAAAUACACAAUGCCAAUAAUGAGCAAGCUUGGCAAGAAGUUUUAAAAUGGGAAGCACUUCAUGCAAAAGAGUGUGGGCAUCCUAGACUUAAGAGUUUUGGUGGUAAAGCCACUCAGUAUAGCCCUAGAGCUCAAAUGAGGUCACUGUUAGGCUAUGAAUUGCCUUUUGAUCGCCACGAUUGGAUUGUAGACAGGUGUGGAAAGGAUGUUCGAUACAUUAUUGAUUAUUAUGAUGGUGGAGAAGUAGACAAUAAGUAUCAGUUUGCCCUGUUAGAUGUGAGGCCAGCAAUGGAUUCUUUUGAGAAUGUGUGGGAUAGGAUGAAGGUCAUGUACAUGAGAUACCGCUUUGAGUUAUUGGGAAAUAAAGAAAAUCCUAAAUUAACUAAUUGAAUCUGUUAAGUGUUAGUAUACUUUAUAGAUUAGGCAUUUAGACAACCUUAAAUUGUUAUGCAAAUUAUUUUGUUUGUGACUUAUUAAAAUCCGUCUAAUUAACAAUUAUUAGCUUAUUUUAUUGUGUACAUCCCAACACAUGAAGCCUUUUAGUUCCCAUUUAGGAGCGUGGACGCUCUGAUGUUGCUAAUUUUUGACAAUAAGUAUGUAGUAUUCAAUUUGUGUUUUUGUUAUCAUAGUAUAAAAUCUUCUAAAGAGAAUGUUGAAAAAUUAUGCAUAUUGGUGUAUUGUAAAAGGAAUGGUAAAUGUUUCGCUUGUUCAUAUAAA